AUGAAAACUCAAACAAAUAAAAACUACUCCCAUAGACAAAUGUUUAUUAUUAGAAAUGAAUCAGCCGCGAUUCUAAGAAGACAUCAGUAUUGUCAGCCUUCACUUUAAACUCCCGUUUCUUUUUUUGUUCAUGGCCAAUCCUUGGCUCCUCCCAAACAAAAGAAUCUCAACAAUCCAACUCCCAGAGAAAUCAAAUUCAAGACUACUCUUAAAUAAGUAAAACGAUUAUUAUCAUUCUCUGCUAGCUUAAACUAAAAUUAUCCUUAUUAAAAAAGGAAUAGCAGGAAAUCAAGUAAUAAGUCAUUCAAAAUUCAUUGAUUUUCAAAUCUAAUUUACAAUAAAUCAAAUCCACUCAAGAAUUUAAUAUUAAAUCAAUUGAAUAAUAUUUUUCUUUAUAAACUAAGUAUCAAAUCCUCUCAAUAAAUAUAAGGUUCUUUUAAGAAGACAUUUCGAAAUUAAAACAACAAAUUGAACUGAUCAAUUUCUAGGUUGCAGGAAUGCUAUGA